AUGGAGGGAUUAACCCAAAAUGAAAGGAUUAUUUGGUCAUGUUGGGAAGAAAAAUCGCCAAGAGACGUCGUUAGAGAGGCAGCUGCCAAAGGAACUCACAUAAAUCUAGCUAUUAAGUAUUUAAUGAAUAAAAAUUCCUGGAGUGAAUCAUCUUCAAGGGAUUGGUUUUUGGCUGAGGUUAAAGCAUGGACUAUCCAACUCCUUAUUCGAAAGCAAAUAUUUAAAGUUCUACAUAUUUUAAACAAAGUAAAUAUUAACCCAGAAGACCAUUUAAUGACAAUAGCAGCUACAUCUACUGAAAUAGAGUAUAGAGAUUUUGUUGUUGAGCAAAUAGACAAAAACUCAAAAGAUAUUGCAAAUGGUACAUUUAAACAAAAUAAGGUAUUUGGUGAAGGAAGUAAUAGAAUUUUUGUAAAUGAGAGUGAGUUAAAAGCUUUGACAAUUGAGAAAAUUGAAAACUACCCUGAUCAUUGGAAAAGUUUGAUAGCCACUACAUUGUUCUUUAACACAUUUGAAUUUACAUUGCUGGAUUUUUCUUCACCUCAUCAAAUGUGGAAUUACCUUCUGGAGAAAAAUAAAGCUAUGAUUCUUGUUCGUUGGAUCAAUGUGCAAACAUCGGAGACCUCGGAUCGACAAAGCCAUGUAGUGCCUGUAUAUAAAACUUGCCAACAAAUAGCUAAGGAUGAUAUUGACCAUUAUAUUUCAUCAAAUCCUCAUUUGGUGCUCGGCAUGAUAUUACUGGAGGAUGACGCAAAACUAUUUGACAUAUUUUCAAAGAGGGACUUUUUGCAGUUUAAGGACUUUAAGCUGCCCAAUAAAGGAUACAAGCACAAACUGCCCCAUUUGUACAAUGUUUACAAGAAAUUCGCCGGCGGUAAUCAAAUGUAUGACUCUAAAGACGUGAAUGUCUAUCAAUUGCUCUCGGGCUAUCGCGGUCUGGACGUCUCGAAGAUAUUCGAAUUCCAACUGGUCAAUCAGAGCACGAAGAGUUUGCUGAGCGAGAAAUCGGACAGGAGGAGUUUGGGCAGUUUGCUGUCGAGCGACGUCGACGUACGGGGCAGCAUCAAAGCGUUGUCCCACAGAACGAUCGACAUGCCCGAUUUCGCGAAUGAGAAACUGAUAAAGCGUUACGGCUACGUCGCAAAGUUGAACCACGUGUACUAUUUGAAACAAUACCGUCCGUGCAACGCCAGCCAGGCGCUUGUGGCACAACAGUAUCAGAGCUACAACCGCUUGCAGGAGAAAAGCAUAAAAAGUGCGUGCUGCGAGGCUCACGCUUUGGCGUUGCAGAACUGGUCGGACCCGGCGAUGGCGGCGUGCGCCGUGUCCUUCGUGGCGAUGAUUGGGUGCAACCCGACGAGGUGCAGGGUGCACAUGACCGCCGCCAAAAUGAUGAAGCACCAUUACUCGGUGUUCAAGAACAUGCCGGAGGAGAAGGCGAACAAAAUCGUCAACGAAUACAUGUCGAAACUUAUCCAAAGCAACGAGCAAGCGGCGAGAGACAUUCUGCAAUGUUUGGAGGAAAUCACCAUGUGCAAACUGAAACAGAUGCAGGAAACCGAUGGCAAAGUAGACAUUGCCGUUGUGUUGUACGAAUCGCAAACAAUGGUAAAAUUUGCGAUACUGCAUAAUCUGCCGUUGCCGGAAAUGCAAAUAAGAGAGUUCGUUAGGAACAACUCUUGGUUCAAUUUUUUGCUCUUCGGCGAUGUUUUUAGGUACCCUCUAUCGCAGAUGUUGCAGUUAUCCCAAGAAUUUGAACGACAGUCUUAUGCGGAGCAUCUCAAAUAUAUAAUGUUACACAAGAACACAGAGGAGGAAAAGGAUUUUAAAUCGGUUUCGAACAACGGUCAAAGGAGAUACUCCAGAUUAAAUUCUAUGGAAGUGAGUCCAACCCAAUCCUCCUCGUUCGAUUUCCCUUCAAGCGCGUAUAUGGGCCGUGAGUUGUGGGAAGUGGCUGCGGCCUGCCACGGCCCUGAAGACCCGCCCGCCGCUCUGCUGAGGGCAGCGGACGUCUGCAGGGAGCCAUUGCUUGUACUAAUCGCCAGCUGCUAUGAGCCGAACGCCGUCGAUGUGCUGUGGGCGCAGUGGGUGCUCGCAUCGAUCGACCCGCCCGAAAGCACCCGAGAGGCGUUGCAAUCGAGAAUCGCCCAGCGGCCGCUCUCCGAGCAGUUCCUCAGGGUCGCCGAAGUGUGCCUCGUCGAGGGUUACGUCGGCACCCUCAACGAGUCCAUGCUGGUGUUUAUGCCGGAUAGCCCCCUCGCGCUGCUGGCUUCGUUCCUGUACCGAUGUAUCAGGCAGCGUACAUUCGACGUCGAAACAUCUAGAAUCCUCGCCAACUUUCUACAGCAGUGCCAGCGUAAAUACAGCUCGGACUCGGCCAGCGCGCCUUGGCACAUGUCCAAAGACACUUUGCAAAGGAUCGCCGUUGAGUUGGUCAAAGUCGCACUUAGCUAUAGUUUCGAUAGCGCCUACCACCAAAGGGAAUUCCUGAAGUGCUUAGCCGAUGUCCAGUUUGAGAGGGGACUGAUGGUGCCAACGCCAAACUUUGUAACCCUACACGAAAUAAUCCAGAUAUCAAUGCAAACGUCUCUAGUAGUUAGUAUACAGAAAUUGCUCCAGGAGGACUGUGAGAGUUACCUUUCAGACUGUAUACGUAUUUAUACAGACAACACAAAAUACGACGUGGCCCUAAAAAUCGCCAAGUUGGCCGGUUUGCCUGUGAACGAUAUUUUGAAAGCGGAGUGGAGUCAUAAACACCAAAUGUUGCUUUCGCGGGACGUCGAAAUCGAAGACAAAGAUUUGACGCUCUUCAUUGCAGAGAGCAGCGAGGCUUUUAAAAAGGCCGCUGUAACAUUUUACGCGGCCACGGAUUUCCUGUUACAUUACGCAAACGGUAUCACGGAUCCAAUACAGAAGUUUUACUCCUACAGAAUAAUCAUGAGCUGGUUCGAAGGCAACUUAGAGUACGGGAGGAGACGGGAGGAGAUAGAGCAUUCGAUGUGGUGUGUGUACUUCCAAGUGGAGAACCAAGAGAACGUCUUCCUAAACAGUUACCAGAGCAUCCUGCACUUCGUGCUGUCCGGUCAGAAGGACCGCACUCUGUCCAAGAAGGUCGGCCAGUUAAACGCGGACAGACCUUUUUCGGCGACGCUGCACGAGAUCGAGGUGGAAUCGGACGUUGGGAACAUCGAGAACGUAGUCACCCUUGAAGAGCCAGACGCGAUAGACAGCUGGAGGAGGGUGGUAACUCAACUUCUAGAGCUGAGACUCCUCGUCGAGGCGUUCCGUCUAUCGGCUUUGUACAAGACCCCGCCCGAGUACCGAUACAGGGCGCCAGCGUGCCCGGUGCAGAUUGUGAGGACGUGCCUUAAAUUGGCGGAGGGCACGUGCUCGCCUUACGAGCUGCCCCAGGAACUGCGCCUGGUCAUAUCCUCGCCGUCCUCGCAAAACAAAUUGACGGUGUCGGACACGAGCUUCGAGGAGCUGGUAGUGAUCCAGGAGCGGCAGGACAUGCAGCCGGUGGCGGUGCCGCAGCUGGCGGUGCGUGAGGAGGCGGACCGGCUGGCGGCAUUGGACGCGCUCGCCGUGCGGAGUGGGCUAUCGCUGGCCAAACAGAUCGCAAGCUACUUCCGCAUUGCAUUACAAAUUGGCUGGGAUUACACAUCGGUGCUUAAAUAUCAGAACCGCCCCGUCGACUUCAUUAACUUGGUCAGCGGCCGGUCGCGGAUGUUUUUGGCGAAUCUCGUAUUUCGUACAUUCAAUGUCCCAUCGAAACAGGUUGCGGAGUACCUGUGCCUGGAGAUGGUUGCGGCGAUAAUUUCACCGCACUUGUUGAAGACGUCGACGUUCAGGCAGAAGGAGCACUUCCAGUACACGCUGUGGGGCUACGCUUUGAAUUCGGACAUCGAGAUGUUCCUGAACAUGAGGCCGGACGCGUGCAGCCACAUCGGCAGGCUGCUCCUCGACCACCUGGUCGCCUUCCAGAGGAUAUACAAGGCGGCCGGCGCGUUCAAGACGCCGGAGAACGUUCUGGACGACAGCUGCCUGGACAUCGAGACGCUGAUCGACGAGGAGUACCAGAACGUGGACGGCGCCGAGGUCGAGUCGGUCCUGACCGGGGACGGCACCCUGGUCUCCGCCGAGACCGAGUCCGUGUACUCGGUCUCCACUGCGUACACGGCGGGGAACAAGAUGUCGCGCGACUCGCGACGCAACCUGUUCGACGCGGCGUCCCGCAGCAACGUGCACGUGCGCUACGAGGUCAAGUCCAACGUACGGAAGAUAACCCAGGGCGCCAAGCUGUCCACGAAGCAGGUGAACAUAAUCUCGAUCGAGCUGCUGGUGGUGGCGCACGAGUGCUUCUCGAGCGCGUGCGACACAGAGGGCGUGGCGGUGUCGCUGCGCUCGGGGCAGGCGCUCGCCGCGCGGCUGCUGGCCGCCCGCUCCUGGCGGCUCAUGGUGCGGUUGCUCACCGGCCUGGCGAGAUACACCGAGUGCGCGUACAUCUUCCAGGCGCUACGCGACAACCACCAGUUCGAGUUCCUGCUCGGCCAGUUCGACUACAUGCUGGGGCAGCAGCCCGACAGGAUCGCCGAGUUCAAGCACGGCCUUCUCGACUUCCUGAAGACACACUGCCCCGGCGACACCGACGCGUACAUAAUGGUCGCGCUGCACUUCAACAUGCACGCCGAGGCGGCGGCCGUGAAGAGGAAGCAAGCGCUGGACCUGAUCGACGACCUGGAGAGGAUCGCCGCGGACGAGGCCCGCCUCUCGAAGAGGGCCGCGCCGGCUUGGGUGCUGGUCCACGACAACGUGUCCACGCGCACGCUGCUCGACACGGCGCUGGACCACUGCAGCGACGCGGCGGAGCUGUACCUGCAGGGCGGCUGCACUGGCUCCGCCGGCGAGAUGGCCGCCCUGGCGCAGCAGGUGGCGUUGCAGAUCUCCCUGCUGAACGCCUCCCCGACCAGGCUGAUACUCAACAGGGGCACGGAGCAAAUGUACGCGCUCGUCAGCGAGUAUUUGAGCUUCAUGGAGGGCCUGGUGCUGCUGGCGGGGCGCGGGGGCGAGGCGUGGCGCGAGCUGGCCUACAGGCGCGCCCUGGCCAACGACCAGGCCUACCUCAGGGACAUGGCCGCCUACAGGCCCGACGUGGCGCACGACUUCCUCAACAGAUACAAAACGGAGAAAAAGAAAACGACUGUUUCUCAAGCCGCCAUGACGGAGCUUCGAAACCUUAUCAGA